CGUACUUGGGACAUAAGCUUGCAAUCUUUUUCACAUAGCUAAAGCAGGAGGGCUAUCUUAGCAGCUAUCAAAACAUGUCUUAUUACAAAGGCUCUGCAUCUUCAAAACUGUCUGUUGGAGGUGGUGGAUAUGGGACAGCCGUUUGCUCCUUUCUCGGAAACUCUGGAGGAUCAUGUGGGGCUGGAAGCCAAAGUGGAGGCAUUUCAGCUGCAUAUGGUGGGGCAGGUGCAUAUACUAGUAGCCUAUUUGAUGGAGCUGCGUUUGGUAGCUUAGGUCCAUGUGUUGCUUUGGGAGGAGAGAACAUCCUGUCUUGGGAUGAAAAGGGAACUAUGCAGAAUCUUAAUGAUCGCCUUGCUUCUUAUCUGAACAAAGUGAGAGCUUUAGAAGAAGCCAAUGCCGACCUGGAGUGCAAAAUUAAGGAAUGGUAUGAAAAACACAGGAAUGAUAACAAGCUGGAUCGUGACUAUUCUAGAUAUUAUCACAUAAUUGAGGACCUCAAGAAGCAGAUUCAAUGUGCAACAGUGGACAAUGGAAGACUUGUCGUUCAGAUUGACAAUGCCCGUCUGGCAGCUGAUGAUUUCAAGCUCAAGUAUGAGAAUGAGCUGUGUCUCCGCCAAAAUAUAGAGUCUGACAUUAAUGGUCUACGUAGAGUGCUAGAUGAACUCAACUUGGCUAAGUGUGACCUUGAUUCUCAGAUCCAAACCUUGACUGAGGAACUUAUGUGUCUGAAGAAGAAUCACGAGGAGGAAAUGAAGAGCUUCCAGGGAGUUACAGGACAACUUACAGUGGAGAUGAAAGCAGCUCCAGGCAAUAACCUCACAGAAGUUCUAAACAAUAUGAGAGCAGAGUAUGAAGAAAUGGCAGAAAAGAACCGUAGAGAUGCUGAAGCUCGUUUCCAUGAAGCGUGCUUGGCCCUUGGGCAGGAGAUCUCAUCUGGCGUUGAGCAAAUUCAGUCCAGCAAGAAUGAAAUCACAGAAUUGAAACGUAAUGUACAUUCUUUGGAAAUUGAAUUGCAAGCAGCUCUAGCUACGAAAAAAAAUCUAGAAAACUCAUUAGCCGAAACAGAGGGCAACUACUGUGUUCACCUUGGAAAGAUUCAAGACAAGAUUAGCGCCUUGGAAUUACAUUUGUGUGAAAUCAGGACCGACAUGGAAAGGCAAGGCUUAGAAUACAAUCAACUUCUGGACAUCAAAACCAGACUGGAGAAAGAAAUCGACACCUAUCGAUGCUUGCUGGAAGGUGAAUCCAUCAAAGUAAUAAAGCCUUUUCCUGCUCCCGUUUCAAAAGAGCCUGGCAAGCGAGUAGUUAGGGUCAUUACAGAGGAGAUGAUAGGUGGAAAAGUGGUGUCACACAAAGUAAAAGAAAGUGAAGAGAAAUUGUGAUCACUGCGACCAAACCAACAACACAUGCUAAAGCCACUACUUUCUUUUCGUGUUCUGAUGUCUCUAUAAGGGCCACAUUUUAAUCCUAUGCUUUUUCUUUCUGCGUCACAUCUUUUAUAUAGAGGUGUAUUUGUCCUAUCUAUGGCACUGCUAAAUGUAACAUCUGCUCAAUAAAGCUAUCUUUUGAUGCACA